AUGACUACAGAUCCAACACUGUUGUAUCACCCAACAGAGUCGCUUGUCCUUCCAACGAAACGCCGUUUCUUCCCUUUCAGAAUACCAAAUUACCACCAACAACUUCGACACUACAUUAGCACCACCGAUUCCGAUAGGAUAUACGUUGUCGUCGACCGGGUGGUUUAUGCAAUUCAUAUCUCGACGCGAAAACGAGAGACAAUCGCUGUUAUUCCGUUUGAGCCAAAGUGUCUUGCGGCGGGCUAUGGCUGGAUUGGCGUUGGAGGAACCGUCAACGGCGAGUGUGCUUUUGUAAAGCUUUCCGAUCGGAAUGCCCGUGUCUCCCAGGAUACGUUGGCUGCUGCUCAAUCGGCGGACGUCGAUAGCGCUCUACCAUUUGAUCUCGCAUCUCCCCUGAGAACCUCGCCUCGGAUACUGGCUGGAGCAGAACAGACGGCAUCAGGAUCAAGUCCGAGUCAGCUGCCAGAAGUUCAGCUACACAAAUUUGGUGGCAGCAUUGUCAACUCUGUGACAAUUCACCGUCUUGCUGGCGACGAAACGGGCUUCUUGGACGAAGAUGUUGCAGUUCUGAGUAACAAUGACAAAACAGUCACCAUUUAUUCGCUCACCCGGUCAAAGGUCCUGACGAAACUCGGCCACUCGGCGUGCAUGAACUAUGCCGUCAUUUCUCCCGACUCGACCAUUCUGGCAGCUGUUGGUGAUGAAAAUAAGGCUUAUUUCUAUCGAGUCACUCGUGAUGUCAGUAAUAUUAGUUCGACCGACGCUGGGGAGAAGCUUAGUGGCUGGAAACUGGCACAGCUUCUCUGUACUGAAAUGGACAUUGGCACCAGAAUCGACGAUAAAUGCUGCUUUACCAUCGCGUUCUCACAGUCUAAUCGACUCUGCGCCAUUGGAUCACAAUCCGGAGUGAUUACCAUCUUUGACGUCAGGACCAUUCAGAAUCUCGGCGACACACCUUCCGAGAAAAACACAAUCAUUUGCCAUUUCAACUCAUCGAGAGAUUGCUGUGCUGGGGGAGCUGUCCGCUGCAUGAGCUUCUCGCCAGAACCCUGGGACCUUCUUGUGUGGCUCGAGGAUAAAGGACGUGCCGGUAUUGCGGAUGUCCGCCAGGCGUUUAUUCGCCGACAGAUUCUUCAAUUAGAUAUGAAUGAGCCUGGAUUAGAGCAAGUUCACACGGAGCCGAUGAUUGCCAAUUCUGCGGGAUUAGGACUCGAUUUGGAUAGCAAUUCUCUUCAAGAUUCGCGGCAUGAUCUUGAUGCGCGGGCACUGCUUGAUUCAGUUGAAGGCCUUGCAGGCGGUCGAUUGGGUGAAAGCUCCGACACCUCGCCUUUGCGGGAGAGUUUAAUACAGGACCUGACUGAAAGGGAAAGGCUGAUAGUGGAGUUUUUGAAUACAGCGCGCUGGACAUCAAGGUUAGAAGAUGGCCUGACGGCCAGGGCCAAUACAAAUUCGCAUCCACAUUCCGGAUCUCGAGCCAGACCGUCAGGUCCCACAAGUGGAGCUAAUCGAUCACCUCGUCCUACCUCACCUCGACCUGUCAUACUCUCACAGAGCAAUUACGAGGCAGGAAAUCAAAUUGCAAACGCGGGAAGCUCAACACCCGAUCCACAACCGAGCCUUACAAUAAGCUGGACUGCUUCGCCGGCCGAGCUGCAGUCUGCCACGUUGGAUAAUUCGGCCCAUACCGUGGAAUCAACAAGUUCUAGUGACCAGGGGAGUUCAAGCAAUGAAAGUGGGACUGCUAGUCGACCUCGUGGAACAGUAACUAGACCAACGGCGAAUUUCGACUACUCCAGUACCACGCCGAGUUUGCUACCACGGCCCCGAAAUCACCAGCGGUCUCGGUCUGCCCACAGGCGACCUGAAAGACUCGAGAGUAAUCUGGAUAUCCCCCCUAGCCUGAGAGCAAACAUUGUGGCCGUGGAGCGUUUACGCCGGCAGCGACAGCUUAUGAAUGAGGUAGAGACUCAGAGCCGAAAUCACCCGCGAGAUUACCGGUACCUGCAACAGCCGGCGCCGCCGACUGGCCUUGAUCAUUUGCGCUCGCCUCGGUGGAUUCGAAGUGUGAUGAACGACAUGCCAGAGCGUAGUAGCAUGGCCUUUGGGCGGCGGGAUCUGGAUCCAAGCAGCUCGGCUGGACUUGGCUGGGGUGCCAAUGGAAGAACAUUGUACAUUGCAACCGUGUCUGGUAUCUUUGAAUAUCAAAUCAACGUCAUGGACCGGAAAACCUUUCCUGUGAUUACAUAUCGAUGA